AUGCUUGACUCUGUUACUGGCGACGACGAUGGUCGCUCCCAAAAGCGCAGCCAUGCCGACUUUGCAGAGCAGCAUGGAACUGACUUCUCGUCCGACGAGGAUAUGGGACCCCAGCUCCCGUCCGAAACAGCCAAAAAGAAGCGUCGCGUCCUGCCCUACGAGAAGCUAUACGUCUCCGCCCUACCCAAGUCGGCGCGGUAUUCAAAGUCGCUGAUGCAUAAAGAGCAGUUGCUCUUCGUCACGUGGACGCCAUUGACUGAAUUCCUCAUUACAGCCUCGGUUGAUGGCGUUGUCAAGUUCUGGAAAAAGAUUGCCCAGGGUAUUGAGUUUGUCAAGGAGUUCAAGGCGCACAACGGCGAGGUUAAAUCCGUAUCCGUGAGCAAGGACGGCCGGAGUUUUGCAACUGCCGGUGUCGACGAGACGGUCAAAAUCUUUGAUGUGAUUACUUUUGAUCUGCUGUCUAUGUUGCCACUGAACUACGUGCCACAAUGCGUCUGUUGGGUUCACCAGAAGGGAGCAUCAUUUCCACUACUGGCAGUUUCAGAGGAAUCCAGGCCCCUGGUGCACAUCUACGACGGCCGUGGCGAGAGCGAGCAACCGGUACAUACCAUCAAGGGCCUGCACCGGAGUCCAGUUCACGUCAUGGCGUUCAAUGAUUCCUACGACUGCGUGGUGUCGGCUGACGAAAGUGGCAUGGUUGAAUACUGGCGACCUGGCGGAAACUACGAAAAGCCGGACAAUGUCUUCCAGUACAAAAGUUCGACAAACUUGUUUGAUUUCAAAAAGGCCAAGUCGGUACCAACAUGCCUCACGGUGUCCCCAAAUGGCAACAGCUUUGCCGCUUUUUCGCUCCCGGAUCGGAAAAUACGAAUAUUCGACUUCGGCUCCGGCAAGCUGCAUCGCACGUACGACGAAUCUCUGCAGGCCGUCGAAGAUAUGCAGCAGACCGGCUCAUCGUCCCAAAAACUAGACAGUGUCGAAUUCGGCAGGAGGCUCGCCCAGGAGCGAGAGGUGGACUCGCAACUGCUACGGCACAAGUCAAAUAUCAUAUAUGACGAAUCUGGAAACUUCAUUGUGUAUGGGUCGAUGCUGGGCAUCAAGGUCCUGAACACGUAUACGAAUCAAGUUGUCAAAGUCUAUGGCAAGGAUGAGAACCUUCGAGCAAUCAACCUCGCUUUGUACCAGGGCCAGCCGCAGAAAAAGGGCAUUGUGUCGGUCGAGAUGGGGGCGUCGAGCAAUCCCCUAUUACAAGAAGCAGAAGCCCGAGACCCUAUCCUCGUUGCCACUAGCGCCGGUAAGGUUCGUUUCUACAUGUUUACCAAUGCAGAGGACAUACACAAGGCCAGCAGAGACAUACACAACGAGCGACCAACCAUGUUGGGGAACAAGAAGGAGGGCAAUGCGAAGGCGACAGCGACAGGGAGUGCUGCAGUCCUGCAUACCAAUUAUGGGGACAUCCACAUACGCCUCUUUCCUGAAGCGGCACCGAAAACGGUGGAAAAUUUUGUCACCCACGCGAAGAACGGCUAUUACAACAACACGAUAUUCCAUCGAGUCAUCAAGAAAUUCAUGAUCCAGGGUGGUGAUCCGCUAGGUGACGGGACGGGCGGCGAAAGUAUUUGGGGCAAGGAGUUUGAGGAUGAAUUUAGCAGCCUGAAGCACGACAAGCCCUUCACCGUAAGCAUGGCGAACGCUGGGCCCAACACCAACGGAAGCCAAUUCUUCAUCACUACUGAAAAGACGCCCUGGCUGGAUGGCAAACAUACCAUCUUCGGACGAGCUACCCAAGGCUUCGAUGUUAUUCAGAAUAUCGAAAACGUCAGGACCUACAAGGAAAGACCCGAAGAGGACAUCAAAAUUGUCAAUAUUGAUAUCAUGUAG